AUGGAUCGAAAGCACUGUAUUCAGUCAUAUCAAAACGAUGUGAACAAAUGUCGAGUGAAAAUUCGUCAAUUAACAGUCGACGAAAUUGAGCAACGUGCAUAUGCUGAUGUGAUAAAGUGGCGUUUCAGCUUCAACACAGCAUCGUCUUCUAAGCAAGUUGAACAAAUACUCAAUGAAGUCGAAGAACAUAAACGAGCAGAAGUUAACCGUCUGGCCAAUGAACUUCGUGUUUCACUUACUGAUUUCCAAAACACUCUCUUAAGUCGUCUUGCUGAGCUCGAUACGUUUCUUGCGUCGAUGAAUCAGCAAGAAAAUUCGUCACUCAACCAUAUAAAAUCCGAGCUAACGUCCAUCGGUAAAGCAAUUGAUUCUCUUCGUAUGAAUAUUGUUGUUCAAGUAACUGAUAUUUCAAAAGGAAGAUUUUCAUCGACUCCACUUGCUCGACAUAGUUUGCAAUUGACCAAAGUGUUUGAUUUUAAAAAGCUAGAAUCAUCAUCGACUUCAUCCUCUGGUCUUCUCGCGCCAAUUCGAGAUUUUGUACGUCGAACAUCAGCUUCCGGAGCAAGCCGCUACAAUACUGAAAUUGUUGAAAACACGACGAAUUUUUGA